UCUAUCCAAUCCGUAUAGAAGUUAGAGGGAUUUGGAAGAUGGAAAGGUCACCCUCUUCCUGGCACAUUCUCUUCCAUUUUCUAUAGAGGAGCAAUCAACCUGACAAAUCCUAAAAGUGAGUUAAUAAUUGCAAAAACAUCUCCCUAUUUAUACUGUGACCAAAUGUUUCAGACCACAAGCUGAUUUUUUUUUUAAAAAACUUGGAUCAAAAUCAGCGUUGAAUUCAGAGAAGCUAACUUUACGUUUUUAGAACUAAAAGACUAAUUUUCCAUGAGACAUAUAUUGGCUGAGGUGGUGCUGAGCAACCUACAACCCCUGCAGAUCCAUCAUGCACCAAAACCAAAUGGUUUGUAUUUUGGUAAUGACUCUAACACGGCCGGCCGUACGAUAGUGCAUCCGCAUGGCUGGCUUCAUCAACUGUCCACGCACCCGGCUUGAGGACCCACGAUCCCGCACGCCCAUCCUCCUUUUCCUCUGCCUCUCUCAUUUCGUAUUUCCGUUCCCCAUUUCGCAUACCCUAGGGUUGGCGCUCCCUCUCGCCGCCGCCGCAUGCCGCCGCCGCCGCGAUGGAUCCACCCUCCGUCGGACCGCGCGGGGUGCCUGGGGUGGAGGACUGGAGGGUGUGCCGGGGCCAGCGGCGGUCGCCGCGGCUGGGCGACGCCCUCGCCAAGUGCCUGCCCAUGCUCAGCCUCUAUCGCUCCUGCAAGUGAGCCGCCGCCUGCUUCGCCGCCAAGGCCAAGCCGCCGGCCGCCUGAUGACGAGCUCCGAACCUCGAAGAGAUAAGUCCCCCCUCCCCCUCCCCCGGCAAUCUGCUGCUGCCACACCUGCCUAGACAUCUCCGAACUCCGACGACCUCUCCACGAUUAUUUGGGACACAGGCUGAUUUCAUUUGGCCUUCCUCUCUCUUUGCUAGGUCUCUCUCUGUCCGUAUCUCUCUUUGCAUUCCCAGGAAGGGGGCUCUCUUUCUCUCCAUGUUCUCUCCAGAUCCCAUCGAUUUGUGAAGGGGAACCACAAAUCGGAAGCAUAGGGAGGGCCACACUCGAGGUGAGUCCUUGGCUUAUGUGAAUCGACUGAUUUUGGAGGUUCUCCACUCAGAUUUCUGGUGGAUUGCAAAGCGCAAAGCCUAAGACCGAGGAGGUCGAUGCAAGUGAAGUUUACUGGAUACUAAAGCACAGAUCGAUACUUGGAGGUAGGAGCAGACCAACAUGAAGAUGAGUUUUCCUUUUUGGGGUUAUGGGUAUUCAUUCCACGUUCACACUCCCUGGUAUCUGAAUCACCUGAUUUUUUGUUUGUUUUUUAAUUGGCAUAGGGAAUUGAAAUUGGGGACAAUAAGGGGAGAGGGGCUCUACUGAUUUGCACUGUUUUUUUUUCUCUCAAGCACACAUGGAAGGCGUUGAAUGGGUUGAUCAGUUCAGUUAAUGUUUGAGAGCCCAUCAUUGUUAGUUACAUUUGUUUUGUAAGAUGUGUCCUGAUAAUACAUGAACAUGGGAAUCUGAUCUUUGCAAUUGAUAGUGUUUUGAUAAUCUAGCAAAGUUAAGGGUUAGGAAAAUUCUAAAACUACAUAUUCAGUUUUGUAAUAUGGUUUUUCUACAUGUCUGGCACCUCAUUGUAUCUUUUAGCUUUGCAGCUUUUUUUCUGUUCAGCUUAAAGGAUCAUGCCAUUAGGCAAAUACCAUGGGAUUUAGGCAAUAAUAUAGGUAUGAAUCAGGCAAUAACAUUGUUCUAGAUAAGCAAUAAUAUCUCAUACUUUUAUGCAUUAUUUUUACUGAUGAAUACUUAUGCAUUAUCGAUACCACAGGAACAACCUUUAAUUUAUAUUUUAUAACUGGACUAGUACAGUAGCCUAACUGAAAACUUAAUUGAGAAUGAUUUAAGUUUUUGUUCAGACGUUCGUAUAUGUCAGUUUUUGCUAGUUUGUUCAGCAAAUCAAUCUAAUCAAGCAUUUUUUUUAUCAGCAUUCAAUCAAGCAAUUAUACUUAUUCCUAUUUUUAUUUAACAAAUAUUAAUUACGAUGACAACUAUACUAUUUUUCACCUGCAAUUAUACUCAUUCCUUAUAGCAUUUCUAUAGCUUAUGAUAAGCAAUUUACAUUUUUUGAUUUUGGCAAAUGUGUUUCUUGUGUUUUGUGCUAAUCUUAAUCAGAACUGGAUAUAAAAAACUGAGAUCUGCACCAUCAUAUGAUUCUGAUCUAGAAGCAUAUAAAUUUAACCAGAAUGAUAUAUACAUCAUGUUUCUACUCUCAAUUAUAGGCUUCUUUUUCUCUUGUCGUGGCAGUAUUUGUUCUAGAUACUACAUUUUUUAUGAUACAAGCAUCACUAGUUUUUUUAUUAGGCAAUAAUAUAUAGGAAUUAGGCAAUAAUAUGUGUUACAAUGAGUAUUUUUUCGUAGAAUGUUACAUCCGGAUUCUGCAUGCUGCUAGUAACAGGAGCAAAAACAGUUCGUCUCUGAUUUGGGGUGCCUUCCUGCGCAACGCCCCCACACCUGAAAUCUCUCUCCCUCUCCCCCUCUCCCUCCCUCUCCCCCUCUCCCUCCCUCUCCCUCUCUGAUUUGGGGUGCCUUUGACUUUUGGCUUCGUUUCCAUCACCCAGGGAAGGAUGGAGCUGGGGGGUGCAGGCAGCGAAGAGCUGGCAGUGAUUCCAGCGAUUGGUGUUCCUCUCGUCACCACAUCAAUCACCAAAUCAGAGAGGAACUUGAGGCUCGGCCAUACGUAAGGUCAGGAAGUAUCUCGCCAAGAUGAACAGAGCCGUGGAUUACGACUUCCAGGAUGAUGAUGACCUCCGCUAUGUCCACUUCAAGUCGCCGUUCAACUGCCCCUCCCUCAUCGUCCAUCGUCCGCCCCUUAGGCUCCGGAAGAACAAGGGGGAAGCGCAUCCUCUGCCUCGUUAGGAGCAGCAGCGUGGACUACCUGCAGCAAUGGGAUUGUUGCAACCAAUCUAUGCUGCUGCUCACGACGAUGGUGCUUGGUAUUAGAGUAGGAUUUCACAAACCAGGUCCCCAAGUUAUCUGUCAGGGGAGAUCAAGUACAAAGUAUGGAGCAAAUAUGAUGUGCAGUCACACAAAAUGGUGUUUAGGACCUGAAAUUUGAUGUGCUUUUUUUUUGCUUGCAAGAUUCCUAAGCGAAUCGGCACUAUAACAUGCUCUUCAUCCCUUAUAAGUUUCCAACUUCGAUACAUAAUGAAGACUUUUUUCUCACGGUUUGUGUUUGGUGGCUUCAAAGUUUAUUGGAUUGUCAUCGUCAGCAGUUUAGUUGCAGCUCAACCUUGAUUUGAUUUACGAGCAGCUUGAUAGUAGUUGUAGUAGCUCUAUCUUUUCUUUGAUCAGUACAAAGUGGAGGCAAUUAGGCAAUCGCAGCACUACGAGUCAUGAAUGUUCAGUUUUGCCUGUGGAGGUAGUUUGGAUUCACGGAGGCAGAGGCAAAUAUGUUUGUGUAAAUAGCCUAUUAUGUACCAAAUUACUAGGUUUGCAAUCAUUUGCAGUUCUAAGUUAUAUGUUGUAUACCUAAACAUAUGUACAUUCUGAAUAAAAUUGCUUGUUAUGUUCA